AUGGUGGCGUUAGUCGAUCAGAGUUGGCAACACUACCGACAAAGCAAUUACCAACCCGUUUGGCAGAAACAAAGACUUUGCUUUGCGAUACUUUCCACGCUGUCUUUGGCCAUGAACGCGGAUGCUAGCACUGCAAACACAUGGCUAGCGCACGCACUCAAUAUUCAAUUAAACAAAACAGUCGAAAUUGUUCGGCUUUGUAUCAAAAUACCAAAAUUUAAACGCACUGGUUCUCUGCUUGACGAUAAGCAGCAUUAUAAUGAACGGACGCCUAUGUUUAAACGCACUGGUUCUCUGCUUGACGAUAAGCAGCAUUAUAAUGAACGAACGCCUAAAGUGGUCACACCCGAAAACACCGAUCGGGUUCGGGAACUACUGGCUAUAGAAUUAUUUGAAGUCUCUAACGAACCCUUAAGUGUUGGUCUGGAAGUGCCGAAUAUCCCAUCGGCGACCUCUGACUCCAAAGUUAUUGUUUCUGUGAUAAGUGGUUCCAAUCAAAGAAGUGAAUCACUGAUUAAAUUGAUCCCAAAGUCUGGCUAUGCGUUCAUCCAAACAGAUAAACCUAUUUAUACUCCAAAUGAAAAUGUUUUGAUACGAAUGUUACGACUCGAUGACAGACUCAGACCUCUCAACCAAAAAGUCAAACUUAGAAUAAAAAAUUCACAAAAAGUAAUAAUAGAAGAAACGACUCUAAGCCCGAGUGAACCCAAAUAUUUCAUUGACCAUAAGCUCGAGUUUCCUCCCGCACCCAAACUCGGCAUCUGGUCCGCAGAGCUCUGGUACGGAACCAAUUUUUCAAGCAAUUCUAGCGUUUCGUUUGAAGUGAGAGAAUAUGUUUUGCCGACAUUUUCGGUGAAAAUCAAAUCACCGAAGUAUAUACUGAAGAGCACAAAGGAUAUCACGGGUUCAGUACAAGUGGAUUAUGUGUACGGAAAGCCGCUCAACGGGACGGCUAUCUUCAAGUUCGGCACCAAAGGGUCGAACGGACGGAUCAACUACUUUGGCAGCACUUCACUCAAAAACCUGACAAAUGGUUUCGCCAAAUACAACAUUGACGUCAAUCAGUUCAGUCAAACACCCUUAACGUGGUUUCCGGCCGUUAAUCACCACAGAUUCGUCGUUGAGGUGUCUGUUCACGAGUUGGCCACAGGAAAGAAGGAUAAAGCUAUCGAUGAGAGCGCUAUAUUCGUCACCUCUCCUUAUGUCAUAUCCUAUAAAAACACUUUUUAUGACUACAAACCCGACGUCGAAACUUAUAUCACCACAACUAAUACCAGAUUUGGGGCACAAAUUAACGAUAUUUUUGGUGAAAGUGUUGCCGAAUUACCGGUGAAAGUGAUACUUAAGGACGAAUCGGGAAAUUUCAUCCUAAAUAAGACACAAACGAGCAAACCUUCGAUGCAAUUAAUGAGCGACCAUUUGGGACGCAUAUCAUUCCCCAUCACUGUUGGCAAGAAUGUGAAGGAACUGCACGUUAGCAUUAGAACCGAAGACCCGAAACUUGAUCGCGAAGACCAGAUAGAAGUGGCGCACGUUCUCUGGGCUGAUCUCUCCGCCAGUGGUUUUGUCUAUAUAUCGAGCAAAUCUAAGUACAGCUCAUCCCUAUCAGUAGGCGACACAUAUCGUAGUCCUUUAGUGACGAGAGGCUCUGUAGUCUCCGAUAAGAUAUACUUAAUUGUCGUAAAUCGCGGACAUAUUAUUCAUUCGGAAAGAAUUUCUGCCGAUAAAGGCAUCAAAUUUGAGAUAACACGAGAAAUGACUCCUUUUAUAAGAGUUAUGAUUUUAGCGGUCACUAGAGAUUCACAGCUCGUUUCGGAUUCAAUUAAAAUUGAAGUAAAUGAAGACAAUUGUGGUUUAGAUAUGAGUGUAGAGAACGAUACGAAACAAGUAAAUCCGGGCAAAAAAUUGAAUUUGAUUCUUAACGGUACCAAAGGAGACAGCGUUGCUCUCCUGGCUGUCGAUGAAGCCGUUUAUAUCCUCAGAGACUCAGAUAGACUCACAAAAAACAAAUUAACCAAAGAGUUGGUUAAGUCUGAUAUGGGUUGCGGUCCGGGAACUGGUCUCGAUGUCUCACUUGUGGCCAAUAAUGUCGGCCUUAAGAUAAUUAGAGGCGAAGAGAAAGAAACGAAUGAAGAUAACGAUGACGUUUGUAUCAGAAGACAAUUAGUCAGAAGGAAGAAGAGAGAGAUCGAUAUCAAUGGAUUGCUUGACAUUUACAAAGGAUUUCUAAGGAAAUGUUGUUUAUUAGGCACUUGGCCUACAAAUAAUGGCCGGGACUGUAAUUACAAGGCGACUAUAUUGAAGACAUAUCUGCCCAACGAUGCCAAUUGUCACGAGGCGUUUCUCCAGUGCUGCCGAAUGAAUGUCAAACCUCGAGUACAGGCCGUUUCAAAGUUUCCGGGAAAGUUUGACCGAACGAGAAGUGGUUCGGAAAUUGAUGAAUACGUUCACAUCGCUUACGAACAGGACUUGGAAGACAAGACAUUUGUGCGAAAGGACUUCCGCGAGUCGUGGCUUUUCGAUGUCGUUCUUCUAAACCAAAGCUCAAACGUAUUGCCCGUCACUUUUCCCCAUUCAAUCACAACAUGGGCUUUGAGUGCGAUGUCAUUGUCUCCCACUAAUGGUUUUUGUAUUUUGCCAUCACCUCUACGUUUGCGUACAUUUCAAGACAUUUUCAUUCAGAUAUCGCUCCCAUAUUCUGUGGUACAGAGCGAACAAAUGGAAAUCGUUGUCACUGUCUUUAAUUACGGAACCAAUCGAUACCCGGUUUUAGUCUACACUUAUGGUGUGGAAGGUAUCUGUUCUGAGGCCGAAAUGGUCGGCGAGAAGACAAAAAAGCACAUCACUGUUGAUAGGAAUUCGUUCGCAACGGUAACCUUUCCAAUGGUUCCCUUAAGAAAGGGAAUAUUUGAUGUGAAAAUCGUCGCCCUUUGGUCUAAUGGCGGAGAUGUGGUCGUGAAGAAGUUGAAUGUCGUGGCGCCCGGUAUUACCGUUGAGGAGGACCUGACCUUCCAAUUGGACCCAAAGAAUAGACAGCGAAGAACUAAGCGGUCGUUGAAAACCGGCAAAAUAGAGGACGACAUCUCUCCCGAUGACGGCCUUCAGAAGACUGUAGUGAAUGUAGAGCCAGAUCUGACCCGUAAUAUAGUUCCGGGAACUCGAGAGUGUAUUAUCGCUGAUUCAUUACAAAAUAUCUAUACGAAACUGAAAAUAAAUAGGACUAAUGAUCGCGAUAUGUAUAUAUCGUGUGUAAACUAA